UUACGUCAUUUAAAUCAGUUCGAAUACUUACUCUUCUACGUUUUGUAUAGUACUUUGCAUAUUAGUAUAUUAUUCUUUGAAUGAACGUCAUCACUUAUUUUUCAAGUUUACAUGCAUUGUUUUUAUUGUAAAUUUUAUAUAUAAACAUGUUUUCCAUCACUUUGGUGAAUAUUGACACUUAUCAAGCAUCUCCGAUUCCUGAGCUUGAUGUCACAUUCUCCGAAUUUCGUGGUUCGGAAAUAAAAAAAGUGCCAGUAAUUAGGAUAUUUGGAUCAACUGCUACCGGUAAAAAAGCAUGUUUGCACAUUCAUGGUGUUUUUCCUUAUAUUUAUGUGCCAUGCACAGUUGAGGAGAAUAUGGACAGCUAUGCUUAUCAGUUAGCUGCAUCAAUUGAUUCAGCAUUAAAUACAUCUUUUGGUUCAACAUUAUCUACCAAUCAACAUGUGUAUAAAGUUCAACGUGUAUCAGGAAUACCUUUUUAUGGUUAUCAUGAGAAAAAACACUUAUUUUUUAAGAUCUAUUUUUAUAACUCAGCUAUAAUUAAAAGAACAGCUGAUCUAUUGCAGAAUGGUGCUAUUCUCAAUCAAGUUUUGCAGCCAUAUGAAGCACAUAUUCCCUAUAUUCUACAAUUUAUGAUAGAUUACAAUCUCUAUGGCAUGAAUUUAAUAAAUUUAAACAAUAUAAAAUACAGACAAUCUUUACAAGUGUGUACGAUGGAAAAUAGUCAAAACAAGUCUUCAAUAGAUUUGUUAGACUCGCAAAUGUUCUUACCAAUAUCAGUAACUAAGCAAAGCAUGUGCGAAUUGGAGGUUGAUGCACAUGCUUCGGAGAUACUAAACAGACAAGGUAUCAAUGAAAAACUGACAUUAAAUCCUGGUCUCGCUGCAAUCUGGAAUGAAGAGAAAAUAAGAAGAGCGGAAGCUGGUUUAGAAAACACAAAAUCACAAUUAUUAUAUCCUGAAUCUUUUGAUAAAAUCCUUCUUCCAACUAGCAAUGAUAUUUAUCAGAAGAAUAAAUUGUUAAAAAGGCUGCACGAUAUAUCACAAAGUAAUGAAACAGUCGUUUCAAAUACAAUCGAAUCUUCAUAUCCAAUUGAAGCAGGAGUUAAUGAAGAUGUCUUAAAUGCAUCUCAUAUUUUAAAUCAUAAUGAAUCUUUCGCAUUGGAACAAACUCUUGAGAGAACAUGUUCUGAAAAUCGCACAUUACUUCAAAUAGCUUCAUCAGCGGUUUUAGAUGUAACUCGAAGUCAAAGCAAUAUGACAGAUACUAGCAGUUUGGACGCAAAUGAUAUGCAAUUGGUAGAAAUGUUAGCCAACUUAGCAGAAAAAAAUGAGACCGUUAGUAAUGUAGAUGAUGAUAGUGUACUUGGGUCUCAAUAUUCUAUAUUCAGCGAACCGGCUAAAAACGAGGAAGAAGAAGAAGACGAUGUCGAGGAUUUGAAUAUUACAAGUUUAGAUCUAGAUCUAAGCUCUUGGGAAUCAGAGUGUAAGAGAUCAAAUCAACACGACAGCACAAUCGAAGCUGUGCGUGAUAAACAAAAUACUGAAUUAGAUGAAUUAAAUGUUAUCGAAGAAGACAAUGAUAUUACACUUACGAACAUUUCACAAUUUGAUGGGGCUGAUGACUUGUAUACAAAGUUUUUGGAACAUGACAGAGAAACUAUAAAAUACUCAAACAGCAAGGCUGAUAUAACAGCAUCCUAUACAAGUCAACGUCUUCCUAUACGUAAUAAAUAUUCAGCUUUUAUUAUUGAUGCAACGAAAAAAUGUGAUCAUCAAGAUUUAGAUGUUUUCGAUUUGAACGAAAUUGACACUCGAGAACAUAUUAAUGACGAGUGUCACGUACUAGAAUACAAAGAUAAAUAUAGUUGUAAACAAAAUUCCAAAUCAUAUUUUCAAAAUAGAAUUGUAAAUAGUAAUCAUCACUCACCUAACAAGUUAGUCAACUUUAAGAAGUUGAUAGUAUCAAGUGUUGAUGGAGCAACAGCAACUGAUUCUAGCGAUUCUGAAUCCGAAAUUGAUGUUACAGUGAACAAACAGGAAACACGUAUAUGCGAAUAUAAAUCUGGUAAAAAAACUGCAGCACAGGAUAGAAUCCAAGUCACACCAAAGAGAAAACGCAAUUUUAAAAACGAUGAUUACAAAUCACCAGACAAACGAAGCAAUAUAGUUCAAACGCCAAAGAGACAAUAUAGUUUAGGCAAAGAGUUAAAAAGUCCACAAGCAUUAGGAAGUUACUCGCCUCUUAACAUUACAAUUACAUCACCAAAAACUGCUAAAAGUCCUAUUCGACAAUGCGAAUCUCCGAAACAAUAUGUAUCGAUAUCCAAUGCUCCUUCAACUUCAACUACACCGAAACGUAAAAUACACACAUUACGUGUAAAAUUGCUUCGUGAUAAACGUGCAACAAAUCUUUUACAAAACUACGAUUUAGAUAAAGAUAUCAACACCGAUAACAUUAGUGGAGAGUUAGUUGAUGAAAUAGACACUAUUCAGAUUACUGAUAGCGCAAGUACUGUAAAAGCUAGUGAAAUAACAGCAAUCCAACGGGACCACAAACAAAGAACAAAAAACAAUGAAACUUCAUCAGUUAGAAGAAAACCUGAAGAGGUUCGUAAGAGAUUGUCUUUUUUGAACAACGACGAUGUAGAAAGUACUACUUUUGCAGAAUCAGAUCGUCGAUCUGAAAAUUUAAUUGUACCUGGACGUUCGAUCGACCAAAUACAUGCAGACGCAACUAUAUUUUCUUUUAGCAAUGAAGAAGGUGAUGAUGGCGUUCCAAGCAGUCAACGUUCAGAAAAGAGUAAUGACACGUUGUCUCCCGAAAGAAAUUAUGCGUCAUGUAUACGAAACUCGACGAAACGCUCCAUGAAAUUUCACGAUGUUAUUCCCGAAACUGAUGUCGACGAGGAUGAAGAAGAUGCAUAUAAUACAACUUUCAGCCAGCAUAUCAGUAAAAAAAUAGAGAAUAAUAGUCAAAAUUUUUUAUUAGAAAGGAGUAUUCAUCAAUUAAAUAGAUUAAUAACAAUUACUACAAUGUGCGAACCUCCUAGUUACGACAGAAUUGUAGAAACUAUGUCAUUGUAUGGCAUUCCAAAAUGUAGAUCACAAAAGCCAUUUUUUAGCAAUAAACUCGAUCUUGUGAAGCAGAAAGAAUUUUCAAACAAAAACGCUCCGAAUUUUGAUGUACCUGCGUUUAAAUCUAGCUUGGACGAGAUUACGAGUAUCAAAUUAUGGCGAAGAAUGAAGGUGAACGAAUUUUAUCCCUCAGGAGCGAGUAUAAAAACUGGUCACAUCAAAAAAGCACUCGCAGGAUACAAUUUAAUAACAAUAAAACCUCUCAUGGAACCACCAUCACCUACCAAUGUAAAAAAUUGGCUAAGAGCUAAAAAAUAUUUAUCGAAAGAAAAUCACAAAACCAAGUCGCACAAACAGGAUAAGAAAAGCCCGUUGAAUGUACAGAACGUACAAUGUACGUCGAUUAACGUCGUUGCUAAAGAGCGUAAACCUUUGCCAGAAACAUCCUCUAAUAAUUUAAUGAGAAGAUCCGAUUCGUUAAUGCUUGACCAGAGCAUGCUCAGUGAAAUAUCUAAUGAAACAAAACAAUACGAAUUCACACAAAAUAAUACUUCUCAAUUAUCUAAAAACAGUUUAAACCCUUCCUUACGGAAAGCUUUGGAAAAUCCGUUGUUAUAUACAGAAAACAAAACGCACCAGCCGUUAGGCAUUUCAUAUGGUCAAAUUGAAUGUUUAUCUAAAGAAAGCUAUGGAAGCAACAUUUCAAAUGAAAAUCUUCAAAAAGCUAGAGCAAUAACUGUACAUCAAUAUUUAACAUUAUUGUCUCUCGAAGUACAUGCCGUUACUCGGGAAGACCUCAUUCCUGAUCCACAAUACGAUUCUAUCGCUGCUUUAUUUUAUGCGGUUUACAGUGACAUUUCAACGGAUACCGACAAACAGAUAGAACAUGGUGUUAUAAUUGUAAAUUCUAAUCCUGUAAGUGCAAGACUUAAUAAAAUUCAUUCUGCCAGUGCAAUGUGUCCAAUAUUAUACGUUGCGACAGAAUGGGAUGUCUUAGACAAUCUUGUUAAAUUGAUCGAACUACACAAUCCAGAUAUUCUGCUCGGCUGGGAAGUGGAAGCGCUUUCGUGGGGCUACGUUUUUCAGAGAGCACUUCAUCUUCGUAUUAAUAAUUUCCCACUGAAAAUUUCGAAAGUUCCACAUAUGCAAAUACCUUCCAAGUUCGACGCUCACACAAUUGAAAAGGAUGACUUGGGCGAGAUAAAAGUACCCGGUCGCAAUAUUCUCGAUGUUUGGAGAAUAAUGAGACACGAAGCAGCAUUAUUGACAUAUACUUUUGAGAACGUCAUGCAUCAUGUUUUGCACGAAAGAAUACCGUGUCCUUCAUUUAAGGCACUAUCCACUUGGUGGAAACACGAAAGUAUAAUAAUAAAAAGCAGAGUUAUACAUCAUUACGUUAUCAGAGUUGUGGGUACUCUUAAACUUCUGAACCAUUUGGAUAUCAUAGGUCGCACAUGCGAGCAUGCUCGGCUUUUUGGUAUACAAUUUUAUGAAGUUUUCUCACGAGGCUCACAGUUUCGCGUAGAGUCUAUGAUGCUUAGAUUGGCGAAACCUAUGAAUUACAUUCCUAUCUCACCGUCUAUUCAUCAAAGAGCGAAAAUGCGAGCGCCGGAAUGUCUGCCGUUAAUCAUGGAACCCGAAUCUGAAUUUUACACAGAUCCAUUGAUCGUGCUCGAUUUCCAAAGUCUGUAUCCGAGUAUGAUCAUUGCUUACAAUUAUUGCUUCUCUACGUGUUUAGGAAGAAUAGAACAUAUAGGCCAGUAUGAACCAUUCGAGUUUGGCGCAGCAACUUUAAGAAUAAAAAAGAAUACUGCGUUAAAAUUACAAGAAAAAAUGAAUUUCUCGCCUUGCGGCGUAGCCUUUGUAAAGAAAGAAGUUUGUCAGGGAAUUUUACCACGUAUGUUAACAGAAAUUUUGAAUACACGAUUGAUGGUGAAGGAAUCUAUGAAGUUACAUCCGGCGGAAAAUCGUACGUUGCAGCGCAUUCUUCAUUCACAGCAAUUAGGUCUCAAAUUAAUUGCAAAUGUUACUUACGGUUACACAUCCGCCAAUUUUAGCGGCAGAAUGCCAUGUAUUGAGAUAGGCGAUAGCGUAGUUAGUAAAGGACGAGAAACUUUGGAACGUGCGAUUAAACUAGUGGAAUCUACAUCGAAAUGGGGUGGUCGAGUAGUUUACGGAGAUACCGAUUCUAUAUUUGUUCUUUUACCUGGAAAAUCUCGAGAAGAAGCGUUCAUUAUCGGCGAAGAAAUAGCGGAUGCUGUUACCGCGAUGAAUCCUCCUCCUGUCAAGCUUAAAUUUGAAAAAGUUCUUUAUCCGUCUAUUUUGCAAACAAAAAAACGAUAUUGCGGAUAUAUGUAUGAAACUCGCGAUCAAGAGAAGCCUGAGUUUCUGGCAAAAGGAAUCGAAACGGUUCGCAGAGACGGAUGUCCCGCAGUUGCUAAGAUACUCGAAAAAGCACUCAAGAUUUUAUUUGACACAAAAGAUAUUUCCCUGGUUAAACUGUAUAUUACCAAACAAUUUGACAAGAUCUUUCGCCGACAAGUGUCUAUACAAGAUCUAACAUUUGCGAAGGAGUUUCGCGGGAUGCGUGGGUACAAACCAAAUGCUUGCGUGCCAGCGUUAGAGUUAACACGCAGAUUGAUCAAGAAAGAUCCUCGUGCAAUACCGCGCAACAGCGAGCGUGUGCGUUACAUCAUCGUUGCCGGUGCACCAAAUCAGGCGCUCAUCCAUUGCGUACGCACACCAAUAGAAGUCAUUACCGAUCCGGCGUUAGCUCCAAAUUCUGUGUACUAUAUAACAAAAGUUAUCAUACCGCCACUCAAUCGUUGUUUUAAUUUAUUUGGAAUCGACAUCAAUACAUGGUACAAAGAAAUGCCUCAUCGCUCGAAUUUCGAUACUAUGGUGCAUAUAGGAGAGAACAAUCCAAAAUCUACCAUUCGCCAAUUCUUCAGUUCUGUUUCGUGUCUUACUUGUGGGGAACAAGCGAGUAAAGAAAUUUGUUCAGAUUGUCUUUCACAAUCAACUCGGACCAUUCUUGUACUUCUUGAGAAGAUAAAACAAUUUGAAACAACUUAUCAGCAAAUAGCUUCUAUUUGUCAUUCUUGUACUGGACGAUUAAGUAACAUAGAAUGUAUAUCUUUGGACUGUCCUGUUUUAUAUCGAAUGUUUCAAGCUCGUAAAGAGCUUGCGCAAGUUUCUUGUAUAAAUAAUAUCAUUUACGGAAAUAAUUCCAUAGGAAUUAAAAAGCUAAGUGCAGUUGCUGACUGGUAUUAAUUGUGAUGAGAAAAU